UGGGCACUAGUGGGUGGCAUUGGUGGGCACAGGUGGGUGGCACUGCUAGGCACAGGUAGGUGGCACUUCUGAGCACAGGUAGGUGGCACUGCUGGGUGGCACAGGUGGGUGCACUGCUGGACACAGGAGGGUGCACUGAUGGGCACAGGUGGGCGCACUGCUGGGCACAGGUGGGCGGAAUUGGUGUGUGGCUGGGCACCGAUCAUCAGGGCACUGAUCAUCAGCACCCUGAUGAUCGGUGCCGAUCCCCGCUCUGACAACUGGCGGUUUUCGGCAGUACUUUCCUCACGAUCUGACAGCGUGAGGAAAGUGCAGCCGAGAACCGGCAAUUGC